CAUAAAGCUUAUAGACAUUGCUACAUGGCUGGAAGAUUCAGAGAGCUAUUGAAGAAAUACGGAAAGGUAGCAUUGGGUGUUCACUUCUCUGUUUCAGCAGCUUCAAUUACAAGUCUUUAUGUUGCUGUCAAGAACAAUGUAGACGUUGAAGCCCUGUUCGAAAAAAUUGGAAUGCCAGGUUUAUCAAAAGAAAAAGUAGAUGAAAUUCCUAAUUCACUCCAGCAAGUGAUUUCCUCUACUGGGUUCGUUAUCGAAGAACCCUUUAAUCAGGAUGAUGUGGCGGCGCCGACGCCAAAACAGAGGAAUCGUACUGCUGAGCUGGCGGCGUCAAGUGUCGCUGCUCUUGCUGUAGUUGUGCUACUUAAUAAGGCUUUGUUUCCUCUUAGGGUUCCGAUAACCCUUGGUCUUACGCCGCCGAUCGCUAGGUUUCUUGCUAGGCGGAGAAUUAUCAACAACAGUGUAUGAUGAACAUAUAUGUUUCUUCUAAACAAUUUUUUAUUUU